UUUUUUUUUGAGUGCGAAUCACGAUCGAGUGCGCGGGCGUCCGUAUGUAUGCUGACCGUGCCCGAGGUAUUGGCAAGUGCGUGCGAAUUAUCGAAUUGUUGCAAUCUUAAGGCGAGAAUUGUGAGGAUGUUUGGAGCAAUCUUCCGCGGAGGAUUGUGAGGAGUUGCAGUAGUCGCCGAGACCGAGAGUGAAUGAAGAAGGGUUGAAACAUGUGUAAUGAAGUAGUGUUGCAUUAAUCAAGAAGAAACGUGUGUCUGUACGAGGGGGUGUCGAUUUGAAGAUAAUUAAGAUAAUUAAGUCAAUCAAAUCGUAAAAUCCAAUAAUAACAGCCGAGUAGUAGCGAGAGGAAAGAAAUAUAGCAAAUGAUUAGCCUGUGCUGUAUGACGAAGACGACGAGGGUGAAUUGCAGUUUGUAGUGAAGAGCAUAGUGUGCAUGCAUUGGUAGUUCUUUUUUUGGUUUCUGGGAAUCUGAAGAAAUAGACAGCUUUUGGAUUGGAACCAACUACGAGACGCGAGCUUGGACACACAAAAGGAGGACACAUAUCGUCGCUUUCGCAGCUACCCAGGCAUUCCGUGUGCGCGGAAUGGGCCACCCAGCAGAGGUGAUGGCCACCGGUGUGAUCAUAGCUUUAACCGCAGUGCUCGCACUGGUCGGAGCAGCAUCCCUGUCGCCGGAGAGUAACCAAUACCACUAUGGAGGAAGUAAUUUCCCUCUGCAACGGUAUGCCACGGCCAAGGGUCGACCCCCACCCCCACGACUGAUGUCCCGUGCGGAUAAUCUGGUGCCCCUCAACAAUCAAACCCUGGACCGGAACCGACGAUUGAUUCCGUACAUGACGUUCUACAUCCCAUCAUCUAAUGGCGACUUCAGUCUGCCAAUCAAUCAGGCGUAUAAUUAUAUGCCCAUUCGGACACAGCGACCUCAGGAACCGCAACAGUCACACCUUCACCACGGCCAGCAUGGUAGCAAGCAGCAAAUAUUGUCACUUCAACAAUACCAGCGUCACCCGCAGCAGCAGAGCGGCCUCGGAGGGGAACCGCCCCUGGUGUACCAAUCCUAUCAACCGCAGAUCCAUCAAUCAACACGCUAUCAGUCCUCUUUAUCAGCGUCAUCUUCUCCAUCUGGAUCCUCUCAAGGAAACUCAUUCAAGACCAUUCUGAUAAAUAACUCUCCAAUCAAGUACGAAUACUCACACCGCCAUCAAUUAGCUCCGUCCCCAUCUUCGUCGUCCUCCGGUAGCAGCGGCAGCAGCAGCAGCAGCAGUAACUCCGGAUCAGGUGGAGGCCGUGACCCAAAUCUGGCUUUUCUGUACAACACUCGUGGUCAGCUACAACAACAGCAACAACAGCAUCAACAGCAUCAGCAUCAGUAUCAGCAAUAUCAACAACAGCAGUCUCCACCCUCGAAGUUGUAUGCGAUUGAAAUUCAGCCACCGGCGACCAUACCGAAACCACAACCAUCGAUUCUACCAAAUGGAUUUAGCAGUAGCAGCAGCAGCAGCAGCAGUAACAGCGUUGGAGAAUCUGGUUUGACCGCCACACCAACUCCACCGGCCAUAGCGACAAGAAGUCCGAUUAAGUAUCAACCCGCCACCGUGUACAAAAAAUACCAGAUCAAUCCGUUCCUGCCUUCCAACAAACUGCCCGGUGCCUUUACCCCGCUUACCUACAACAGCGGUGGCUCAUCGCCCAACGGACAGCACAUUGUACAAGAUGAAAGCGAAGAAGAAGAAGAAGUGGACCUCAAACCAGUUCCCCGACCAACUCCGUCGCCAAGCUACAGCGGCCCGAAGUUCCAAACCACCUACGUACUGGUCAAACCAUCACCCGAGCCAAAUCAACUGUACUACCACGAGAAGCCUGCAAGACCUUCAACUGGUUCCGGCUCAUACGCAACUUACAAGGAAAAGCCAAGCUACCACGAAGAUCAGGACCAGGUCUACAACCCGAAACCCAUUCCCAAGCCCAGCUACGAUCACGAGCUUGAAAUCUACAAGACCCUUCCGAAACCGGUAGCCGUGUCGAAGCCAAGCUACCUGGAAGAACACAUCAUAUACAAGCCAGGUCCUAAGCCAAUCUCUGUCCACAAACCGAGUUACCUAGAUGACUCCGACCUAUACAGACCUGGUUCAAAGCCAAUACCCGUGCCGAUUCCUGUAGCCGUAGAAUACUCAACUCCACGGAAUAUCCCACAGCGCGUCGAGUACUCAACUCCGCGUCCCCAUCCCGCUUCGAUUCUCAAGGAGAACUACUCUCCCUACAUCCCACUUUCGGGUAGUACUCCAGCUCCACCACCUCCGAUCCCAACAACUCCUCGACCAAAGUAUUCCGCUCGCCAGAAGCCCCCACCAUACAAACACCACCGCGCUUCAACCAAGGCACCUCCCAUCCGCCAACACCUCACCGAGAGCCUCAACCCAGCCGAUAUCCGGUCCCCAAGUCCAAACUACUUCGAUCAGCAGGCCGACUACAAAGCACAAGUCAAACAGAACUUCUACACUCAAGGUGGCUACAUUCCACUCUCAAAACCAGCCAAAACUACCAAACUACUACCAGCCCAUCACGAGGAGAAGCCCCGUCCCGUGUAUCAACAUAACACCCCAGCCAAGCCUUAUCCCCCGCCCCACCCCGUCAGUUCUACGCAAAUCAUCGACAGUGCCAGUGCAUCCGGAUCGACAUCGCUCGCCGAUCUACUCAAGAAACUUCAAGACAGUAACCACCUCCCAAAAACGCUGACUCCAGACAACAUAGACAACUCCAUCCGAACGCUGGUGAAGAUCCUGAACAACCUCAAAGCAUCGCAGCAAGUCCAUCAGCAACCGGAGCAAGAGUUCACCACCGAAGAGUACGACCAUCAUCCGGCGCCACAUGUGAAGCCACCGAAACCCACUAAAAAACCAGCCACUCACAACGAUGACGAUGACCAGUCCGAUUCGGGUCCCUACAUGCCGCAUCAUCCGGAACUGGGACCGACAUCGCCGGGACCGAACUCCGGCCGACCGGGUAUCGACUAUCCGAACUAUUCUGAAAUUCCGGAAACCAGUUUCAGCUGCAAGGAACAACGGUACAAGGGCUUCUUCGGUGAUCCGCAAACCAACUGUCAGGUUUGGCACUACUGUGAUCUGAACGGCGGCAAGGCGUCCUUCCUCUGCCCGAAUGGAACCAUCUUCAGUCAGGUUGCCCUGACCUGUGAUUGGUGGUUCAACGUCAAGUGCUCUACCACGGCGCAGCUGUACGUCCUGAACGAACGACUGUACAAGUACAUCCUGCCGUUUACACCGAAGUUCCCGGAAGACUACAGUGGACCACUGGUUGAUAAAUACCUCGCAAUCAAAUUCCAAGAGAUGGAGGAAAAGAUGAAAAAGCAACGAUCCAAGGGUAAAGCCGUGGUCAAACCGAGCCCGGAGAACGAAAACGACGAACUGAACGGCAACAAGCUGGAAGACAACGACAACCGGUACAACCAGAACCAACCCUAUCCGGUGCAGUACGUAACGGAGAACGCCAUUGAAGUGACGGCCCCCAGCGCAGCUGGAGCUUCCGCCACGACGCCGAUCACCCUCGAGGACAUCAACGCCGAGUAUGACCGGGCGGAGAGCUCCGGAAUAGAAGCGGCAUCGGACACCGGGCCUGACGCGAGUGUGAACACACCGCAAAGUGCUCCGAUCGUGGUAACGGCUCCGAGUGCUCCGGCGAGUUCUACCGGAGCGGAAGAAGAAAAUCCGGCGGUCCCGGUCACGGUGAUAGCGGAGUCUAUCCCGCCACCACAGUACGGAUCGAAACAUACAACUUCGGCACGGCCACCACAGGGUGUGAUGCAAGCCCUGCGGGAGGUGCGGAUCGAAGUGAAGCACGAUGGAACCAGUGGCCAUCUAUCGCCAAACCACCACGACUACGGCGAAGAAAGACGGAAGUAGACCAGGACGAUAACCGCGCUCCUAUGAUUGCAAUUUCUGUGAAUAGUUUUCUGCUUAAGUUUUCCUAACCUAAUUGAACGUAUCAGAUGUUAAUGCUAACAAUUUCUGGAAGAUUCUCCACGUUCGAGAAUUUUGCUUAUUAUCCAGAGACUGUGAAAACGCGUAGUUCAUGGGUUGAGUUGGAAACCGUGAACAUGCGUACUGCAUUCCUCGAGCAACUAGUGCAUUCCUUAGAAUCUAAUUUAUACCAACUAUAGUUUCAUUUCGUAUAAAUUUGCUUCGCGAAGAAUAAGUAGACAUGGACGUUAAUUUAUCUCGCUUUAACUGUAACAAAAAUAUGUAGAAUAAGUACGCAAUCAUGCGUUCAAACGAGCGGUGCGCUUUUGUCAGGUGAUUUGCUUAGCAUUUUGCGAAUUGGCAGUUUCCUUCAAAGCGCGAAUUAAGCACCGAUAGAAAUCGCAUCGCACGCC